ACUCACCGGCUGAUGCUGAGGCUGAUUCCAAAUCUCAACACUCAUCCCUUCGACUCCGUGGGAGCUCCAAAACUGGGCUGGUUGAGGUCUCUCUGGCUGCAUGUGUGAACGGGACACCUGACAGAGAUGCUUGCCCAAGAGUGACUGAUGAGAACCAGUGCUCCAGUGUGGAGGGUGACCCUCUGUGUCCGCGCACCUACUCGGGGAGAAUUGGACGCCUGGCACUUCCACAAUAAUGGGCUGCAAUCUGUGCACUUUACAGAAGCGAGAGGAACACUACAAGCUGCUGUAUGAGAUUGCUCAGGUGAAUGGAAAAGAACUGUCCAAGUCCAGCCAUGACGAGACAAUGGAAAGUUUUCGCCCGGCUAAGGAUCCCGUGGUGGUUCAAGUCAUCAGACGGACUCCCAGUGGCAGACCGCAUGGCCCCCCUCAGGAAAUCCAUGUGGUUGAUGUGUGCACUCAGACCGACAUCACUUUCGAACACAUCAUGGCGCUGGCAAAGCUGCGGCCUUCAACUCCUCCUGUGCCUGAUGUCUGUCCGUUCCUGCUCUCAGACAGCUGUCAUUCUCUUCACACAAUGAACCAGGACUACUACGAAGGGACCGACUACCUCUCUCCUGUGCCAGCUGAUGGGGACAGAGCAGAAGAGCUGGAGUACGAGGAGGUGGAAUUGUGUCGACUCGGCAGCCAAGAAAAGUUGGGGUUGACUCUGUGCUAUCGGACGGAUGAAGAAGAAGACGUGGCCAUAUAUGUGAGCGAGGUCUGUCCCAACAGCAUAGCGGCCAAAGAUGGACGAAUCCGAGAGGGAGAUCGCAUUCUGCAGAUUAAUGGCCAAGAUGUGCAGGACAGAGAGGAGGCGAUGGCUGUGCUGUCCAACGAAGAGUGCCGGACCAUCGUCCUGCUGGUGGCCAGACCUGAGAUGCAGCUGGAGGAAGCGUGGCUGGAUGAUGAGCACAGCGAAUUCUUGGAACAGCUGAAGAUGGAAAUGCUGGAGGAGCAGCAGCGAGAGGAGAUGGAGCUGGCAGCUCUGCAGGAGGAGCAGGAGCACGAACAGAGAUCGGAAGAUGACAAGCCCACCUGCUCCACACUCCACAAGUAUCGGGACAAUGGACUCAACUUGAGGGAAAGAAUGGAGAACUCUGAGAAUAACGUCCUGGCCCAGAUCCAGAGACGCCUGUCUCAGUGCCUGAGAGACAAUAGGGACACUCAUCGAGGCAUCGGCUCAACGCGGUUGGAGGAGGAUGAAGAAGAGGCGGAGGGGGAUGGUUUUCAGCAACUCUUAGAGCUGAAAUGUCAAAUUCGUAACAGCGGCGAAUACGACCUGUUCUACAGCCGGCGCAGCACCAUCGAGUGCAGCGUGGGGGAGCAGGGGGGAGUCCAGCAUGAGCUGCGGAUGCUCAACGAGGAGCUGAGGAGUAUCGAGCUUGAAUGUCAAAAUAUCAUGCAAGCGCACAAACUUCGAAAGGGCAAGCAGUCGCCCUCAAAAGGCUGCUCUGCCCCCAAAACCCAAAGCCUUCACCGGAGUGACUUGACGAGAGGCAAGCUCGGGGACAUCAAUGAAAGGCUGGAAAAAUCGGACAAAGACAGUUCCAGUGCCUACAACACUGCGGAGAGCUCCAGGAGUACCCCUCUGGCAAUGGAUCGAUCCCCCGAGCACUCGAUGCAGAGGAUGGUGAGCCUCACAAACCAGAGGAACCUCUGCAGUGGCCUUGCCACUGGUCACUCGCUCAGCCUGAGCCCCAUACCUGGAUGUCGCCCGCCCCUUGCGGGCAAAAGUAGCAGCCCUGACCACAGCAACCCUUCCGAGUCAGACCAAACAACUCUACCUGAAGAAGAGCGACGGAAAAAGUUAAAACCUUUAGUUUCUCAAAUUCCGUACUUCUCUCCAUCACACAGUGCCCAGCAAAGACAGGCCAACAUCCCGGCUCACGCCCGACACUACCAGAGCUACAUGCAGCUGAUUCAGCAGCGCUCAGCUGUCGAGUACGCGCAGAGCCAGCUCAGCCUUCUCAGCGUCUGCAAGGAACCCCAGAGACCCAUUAAUGAGCCCAAGAUGGAGUGGAAGGUCAAGAUCCGCAGCGACGGCACACGUUACAUCACCAAGAGACCUGUGAGAGACAAGAUCCUGAGGGAGCGGGCCCUAAAGAUUAAAGAGGAGCGCAGCGGGGGAAUGACCACGGAUGACGACGCCAUGAGCGAAAUGAAAAUGGGGCGAUACUGGAGCAAAGAGGAGAGGAAGCAGCACCUUGUCCGGGCCAAGGAGCAGAGGAAGAGGCGAGAGUUCAUGCAGCGCAGUCGCCUGGAAAGCUUGAGGGAGAAUCCUCAGAGCAGCGGCGAGGGAGGUCGCAAGGAGGUCAGCAUCAUCGAGCUCAGCCACAAGAAGAUGAACAAGAAGCGCAACAAAAAGAUUCUGGACAAUUGGAUGACGAUCCAGGAGCUGAUGACUCACGGUACCAAAGCUCCGGAAGGGGCCAAAGUACACAACGCCUUCCUCUCUGUCACUACUGUGUAAGAUAAACACUCUCUACCUGAGAGGUAGAAUAUACUUGCCUCGUUCAAUGUGGCGUUUUUAUGAGGACAACAGGAAUAUUUUUCACAUUUGUAACCCAAGGAAAGCAUUUUGUACAGAGUUUGUCAGUGGUAUUGCAGCAUUUAACUCAUUUUCAACUUUCUUAUUUCCCAUGACACAAUACUGCAAAAGGUUUUCUACGGGAUCUUACAAUCAAUAUUAUUUUGGUACUUCAUAUCUUUAUUUAUUUUGUCCCAUAUUUCACAGCAGGCAUCAUAAAGCAUAAUCAUUUUUUGUAUCUUAAUGCAUUUGCAUUGAUGACAGUGUAGCUACGGUAUCCCCCGAAACUGAGUCACACCCUUUUACCUUCCUUUUUUUUUCUGUGCAAGGCAAGAUACCGGCCGCCUCUCAUUAAGAUGAGAAAAGUUCUGUUGCUCUCUGACUAUGACUCACUGGGAGACGCUGAAGACAAUGAAUUCCACUGCAAUUUGGUUUUCCCUUUCGUUUCCUUUCCAGUUACUUUGAGUUUUACUGAGUAACAAAGGGCCAAAGCAAAGCUGGGAAUUAAGCUUCAAAUUAUUCUCGAAUGUAGCAGAAUCAAACUCUGUCACUAAAGAAUGAUGUGUUAUUUGUUUGUACCAAAAGUGCUAAAAAGAGAUGAGUGAAAAUUGAGGGCUUCUGAGUAAACAAGUCGGAUUGUAAAUAGGCUGGAAAUUGGUCGGAUGGUGUGUCCAAUUACAGAUGGUAACAUUAGCAGAUCCGUUUAGCUCAGCUGAGUUGAGUUUUAUCCCUCCGCUUUUCAUGUUUGGUUUCGCAGGAAUUUGAAUGUGAAUCGCUGACAAAAGAAAGUGCCGCCACACACAUGACGACUCCAUCUUUUCUGCAUUAUUCAAAUGUCAGGAUUAUUGCCACUGAGCAGGACUCAGCCAGUGAAGGUUUCAUUUCACUCUCCGGCCUCAUUGAAAACUCUUGAAUUUUAACUGGGUAUUGUAUAUUUGACAUUUUAAACAAAUUCCUGUAUUUGUUUUGGGUCAAUGUCGAAUUUUGAGUAAUGAGUAGUUGAAAAAUUUGUAUCCGGUUGAAAUGUGUUCUA